CCAGAGUGGUACUCCCACAAGGACUGCGACGAGAUAACCCCUGCUGGCGAUACCGCGGCCAUUGUCGUCGACGCUCGUACCAACGAGGCAGCGAUCCGCAUUUUCGACUCGACGACCAAAGAGCGUGUCGGUUUCGUGGGCAUAGAGGAGCAGGGGAAUGUUGUGAUUGUGCCAUGGCGGGAUGGCUGGUACUACUUUUGCACGAGAUCACCUAGGGUCGCGCAUGUUAAGAAG